CCUGAAUCCGGUCUGUUUCCACGAACGUCAACAAAGCAAGGAAGAAAAACACGAAAAAAUUGUCUCCUUUUUGUGUCUAAAAUAUCAUUAACGGAACUUCGUGUAUCGCCACUAUUAGCAUCAGCCAGGAUUAUUAAGACACGCAGGAGGAAUGUUAUGGCUUGUGAAAGGGUGACUUCAAUUACUAUCAUGGAUGGCAUACAUUUAGAAACUUUUCAUCGUAACUCAGUGGAAUCCAUUGAUAUGAAGGAUGAGAAGGUGGAAGCCAUCAGUCAGAAUGAUUGCCAGGAUAUCGAUGAAGAAAUUAUUGAGGCUAUCCAUGGAGAGAGUACUGUCUUUAUAAAGACUGAAGAUACGGGUAAUGUAAAAGGUGAGAGGCCAGCGUCUGAAGAAGUCAAAAGUCUGGGCAAAGAAGCAGUUGGUGAAUGUGACUUGGGCAUUGUCAUGUGUGAAGAUGUAGAUCCAUUAUCUAAGGAUUGUGAGAGCAAAUGCUCAUCAGAUGAUGUUCGUGAAGGGGAUGAAGAGGCAUCUAAAGAAGUGGAUGCAGUUAAGAAACAUUUCCUAUGUGAUGUAUGUGGUAUGAAAUUCUCUUGUGAGGAUAAGAUGUUGAAACACUCAGAAAUGCAUAGAAAAGGGAAGCUCUUUAUAUGUGACAUUUGUCAUAAGUCAUUCUCUCAGAAAUCCCAUAUAGUAUGCCACAUGAGAGUACAUACAAAGGAAAAACCUUACAUUUGUGAGUUAUGUAACAAGGCCUUUUCUGUAAAAUCAACGUUAGAUGGUCACAUGAGAGUACAUACAAAUGAGAAGCCUUAUAGCUGUAAGGUAUGCAGUAAUUCCUUUACAUGGCAAAGUCAUUUAUUGAGGCACAUGAGAAUUCAUACAAAAGAGAGACGAUACUGUUGUGAGAUUUGCAGUAAGGUAUUUGUUGACUCCAGUAAUCUCUCACGACACAUGAAAAUACACAAACAUGAGAGGCCUUAUGGUUGUGAUAUUUGCAACAAAGCUUUUUCUCAAAAAGGUAAUUUACUGACUCACAUAAGAACACAUACACAGGAGAAGCCCUAUAGCUGUAAAGAAUGUGGAAAGGAAUUUUCACAGAAAAAAGGUUUAGAUCACCACUUAAGAACACACACAAAAGAGAAGCCUUAUAGUUGUGAAAUUUGUGGAAAGUCAUUUUCUGUGAAAUUUAGUGUGAAGAAGCACCAAAUAGUACAUACAAAUGAAAGACCCUAUGAUUGUGAGAUUUGUGGCCAGAAAUUUACUGCGAAAGAAUGUCUGGUAAGACACAUGAGAAGACAUACAAAUGAGAAGCCUUAUCAGUGUGACUUAUGCAACGAGACUUUCAUUACCAGGGCACAUCGAUCAUACCACAUGAAAGUACAUACAGAGGAAAGGCUGUAUACUUGUGAGGUCUGUAAUAAGUCAUUUUCAUAUAAAAAGGGUCUAAUGUUGCACAUGACAGUACAUUCUGAUGAUAAACCCUAUUCUUGCCGUACAUGUAGCAAGGCUUUCAGGAGAAGGAAUGAUCUAGUACAUCACCUGAAGAGGCAUACAAAUGAGAGGCCUUAUAGUUGUAACUUUUGUGAUAAAGCAUUCCAAUUGAAAAACUCUCUUUUGGCGCACAUUAAAAUACACACAAACGAAAAAGCUUUUAGCUGUGAAGUGUGUAGUAAAUCAUUCAUUUCAAAUAAUAGAUUGGUGAGGCAUCUUAGAGUGCAUUCAACGGUGAAGCCCUAUAAUUGUGAGAUUUGUAGCAGGUCAUUUUCAGAUAAAAAUUAUUUGACAAAACAUAUGAGAACACACUCAAAGGAGAAGCCUUUUACCUGUGAAUUGUGUAAUAAUUCAUAUACAUGGAAACAUGCUUUAAUGAUCCACAUGAGAACACAUGGCGAUGAAAGGCCAUGUGUCUGCGAUAUUUGCGGCAAAGCAUACAAAUAUGAAAAUACUUUACGAACUCACAAAAAAACGCAUACAAAGGUACCAGGAUACAAAGAGUGA